CUCCUGCGGAUGGGUAUAAACUGCAGGGACACUCCCAUAUGUACAGAGACAGGUUUGCCGUGCAGAUCUGAGCACCUCGUGAUGGGGGCCGCCUGGAUAACCCUGCUGCUUGCCAGCCUGGCCAUGGCACGGAACUCUGGGGCUUCCCAGCUGGAUGAGAACCGGAUUGUCCCACUCUACUCAGUCCUCCGCAGAGCUAUUGACCUGUAUAACACAGAGCAAGCCAAUGAGUGGGCAUUUAAACUCCUCUAUACCAUCCCCAGUUCCAGUAGGGUCAUCCAAUUUAUCAUCAAAGAAACCAACUGUUUGAGAUCAGAAAGGAACAGAGUGAACGAAUGUCCCAUUAAAGAUGGAGGGCUGGAGAGACACUGCUCUAUGGAGUUGUCUGAAGAUCAAGACAUUGUUACUGUCCCAACCUGUGGCCCUGGGAAUGAGAAGCUUUCCAGCUUUGAGAUGUCAGGACACGGAAGUGGCAGCGGCAGCGGCAGCGAGAGGGACGGCACAGAGAGAAAACCAGUAAUUGCUGUAAGAAGAAGACCGUGUCGGAGACCCGGAGCAUGCUCAGUAAUAGGAUUGGGAAAACAGAUCCAUCUGGUUUAAGAAGGCUCUCUGUGCAUGACUUGUAUUUGUGCUGAAGGGGUAGUUCACCUUUAAAUUAACGUUUAAUAUGAUGUAGACAUUGAUAUUCUGUAACAUACUAAAAGUAAACUUAAAUGGAUGCUG